AUGCCGGCCAUAGAUCCCUUCUCGAUCACCACCAUCCUGGGUGUUCUUGGCGGCAGGAUCGAUGGCCUCCGCCACUCAAGGGCGCUGUUCGAUCGAUUGCCACAGCACAGCCUCGUGUGCUGCAACGCGAUGCUCGCGAUUUACUCGCAGCAUGGGAAGAUCCAAGAAGCGGAGCGUCUCUUCUUCGAUGAGAUGCGCGAGCGGGACAUCGUCUCUUGUGGAUCGAUGCUGGCGCUCUACUCAAACUCCCAGGAUCGCGGAAGAGCUACCAAUCUCCGCGCGGCCAAGGCAAUCUACGAUCGAAUGCCGCGGCACAAUCUCGUCACGGCCACUGCGAUGAUCGAUGGCUAUGCGGCGAGAGGCGAUCUGGAGUCGGCAUUGUGGCUGCUUGAUUCCAUCCCGGCCAAGGAUCUGGUGCUGCUUACCGCGGUGCUAUCCGCGUGUGCCAAGAUGGGCCUUGUGGAGGAGGCCCGGAAGAUCUUUCACCAAGCCAUGCCCGAGCACGACAUGGCUUCCUGGAACACAGUUGUGUCAAUGCUCUCGCAAAGCGGCAGGAUCUACGAGGCAAAGGCGAUGUUUGACGAAUUCCCGGAGAGGAAUCGCGUGUGCUGGACCGCGAUCGCAGCAGCGUAUGCCCAGAACGGGCAUUUGGAUCAAGCAAAGAAGAUCUUCGAUAGAAUGCCCGAUCGAAAUCUUGUGGCGUGGAGCUCGCUUCUUGCUGGAUUUGCCGAUGGGUCGCGACUGGGAGAAGUGAUGACUCUCUUCGAUGCGAUGAAGCUGCUGGACGAGAUCGGUGAGACCAUCUUCGUGCUGGUUUUGAGCGCUCUGAGCCAGGCCGGGAAACUGGAGGCUGGGAGAUCGUGUUUCUUGUCCAUGGUCGGGGAUUUUGGAGUGGAGCCGUGCAAGCAGCACUACUCUUGUCUGGUAGAUCUUCUUUGCAGGGUCGGUCACCUCCGCAACGCUCGCGAACUCAUUUGCAGCAUGCCAUUUGUUCCUGAUUUUCUCGAGUGGACAACGUUGUUUGGAGCUCGUCGGAAUCAUGAUGAUGUGAGGGCCAGCAACAAGGAGCAGCCGGGAAAGGAUUUUGGAUUGAAUCCCAGAGCUUUGAGUUUGCUUUCCAAGUUGGUUUUAAUCCGCCUAGCUGUUCUCCUCUUCUUUUUUCUUCUUGUCGCUCCUGAGUUCCUUCAGCUCACCGAAGGCACCUCUAAUGGCCUACUUGCAGUAGAACCUGUGUAUGGUCGUAAUGAAUCAGAAGUACACGGCAUCGGGGAUGAAAGAUCGCCCCGACCAUCCGAAGCGGGAUCAGCAUCCCCGGCACAGAUUUCUAAUGCGGUCGCAGUCCUACCAGUACCGCAAGCGCUGGAAGAAAAAGGAAAAAUAACUUCUACCUUUGAAUUCAGGCUUGUGGACACUGUAGGCAAAGCUGCCGAGGGAGAACAGCUGACUCACGAAGAAGGCCAGAACAUAUCGGAUUUGGAGGUCCUGAAAUUGACGGGAGAAAAGCUGCCAAACGUUCGCGAGUAUCUGCUGCUGGACGAGAUAGGUGAGGCUAUAUUCGUGCUGGUUUUGAGCGCGCUGAGCCAGGCCGGGAAGCUGGAACUUUUCAGUAGAGCCGAUUUUGAUACUCUGAAACAAUCUUAG